UGUCUCCAUUUCACCAACAAUCUGACUAGAAUGAUGUCAGCUUUUCCAAAGGAAAAGAUCCAGGCUUCAGCUUUCCUCAAAGAUCCCACACAUAUUAAACAGGUGAAGGAUCUCCGCGAUGACAACUCUUCGGAGUCAAUUGAAACCGUUGCAACCAAAAAGCGCAAGAGGGGAGAUCGACCUGGGGCCAAGCGCCUGAGGAUAAGUUCCUCAAUGGAGACUAUGUCCCCGGGAUCGAUUCACUCCAAGACCUCCAAGUCCUCCAAGACUUCGCGCAAGAGCUCGCGCAAGUCCUCGGGCAAGAAGGAGUCCAAGAGAGACGACAGUGUGACCAAGUCUGCUAUGUCGCGUGAAAUCCUACGGUCCACACCUCCCGAGUCUACUCUACGUGAACCCACGCCCAAGCCGUCGGGCCAGCAAAUCUCCAAGGUAGCUGCUUCUACCAAGCCCAUGAACCCGUUUGAACUCCCAGACCUCUCAGCUUCAGAGUACAUCGUCCCUCGCGAGUUGGAGUUGGGGUUGGGCAUAUUCGACUGCUCGUCUGAGAGAGAGACCUCAUACGAGCCAGUCUCCGAAUACCUACCCGAGCAGCAUAACGAAGCCCCCACUCCGUACACCCCGGUUUUGCGCGGUGUGUCGCAGUACAACGAGCGGAUCCAGAGACAGUGUGGGGGUGUGUGCGAGACCUGGUUAGCGCGCCAGAUGUAUGAUGAGCUGGAUGAUAUCUCUACUCGCAUUGAAGACAUCAUGCGUGGGAUCAGGGUGAUGCUGGAGCAGAAGGGCGCGAUGGAUGAUUGUGAUGAAUUUAAUGGUCUCAAUUAUCAUUUUGGUGAGUCCCCUGGUGCUUUCGAGGGUGGUCCUGAAAAUCCAUUUGAAUUGAGUGAUGGGGAAGACAAUGAACUCUUUGUGGCUGAUGAGCGCGCUCACCCUGGUGAGUCUGGUGUCGUGUCUGGGGAUGAAUAG